AGCCGAGUUUGCCACGACAUGCCGGAGGCUGCGAAUACCGCGGCUUGCGACGGCAGAACCGACUCGCCGCAACCGGCACCCGAGACGUUGGAUGGUCCAGAUUUGGGGCCUGAUCCGGACGCGGUCACCGUUGAGAACGGUGGAUGCAAUGACCUCGUCCACCACAAGCCGGGCCAGGAAAGGCCUGAAGAAAAGGAGAUGGUAGAUGCAGUUGCCAGUGCAGUUGGUGCGGUUUCUGAUUCCAUCCCAGCGGUGCAGAUCUGUGUGAGAGUGAGGCCAAUGCUUCAGUGGGAGAAGGCUGAGGGGUACGAAGCCAGUGCCAUGGAGUUGAAAGAAGGCAUCAAUGGCACCGUCGCUUUGAAGGAGGACGGCCGCCACCGGCACUUUGGCUUCAAUGCCGUCAUUGGUGGCGACCGCACGCAGCAGGAAGUUUGGGAAAUGUCUCGGCUUGAUGCUGUGGUCAGGAAAGUUGCGUUGGGUUUUCAUGCGACAGUUUUUGCGUAUGGCCAGACUGGAACGGGAAAGACCCAUACAAUGGAAGGGUUUACCUAUGAGCAUCACUGCGGCAUUGCUCCCACAAUGGCAGCAGCGCGCCCACGUGUGAAGGCGAAGGCCACUCCUGCGGAGCAGUUGGGCAUUGUCCCCAGGGCAGUGGUGGCCUUGUUUGACCGCGUCGAAGCCAUAAAGGCGGAAAAAGACGUAGCCGCCCCAGCGACAAGUGCGCCUGAAUCCUUUGCGCCCGCUACAUCGGCUUCUUCAUUUUCCUCUACAUCUUCAUGCGUUGUGCGCCUUUCCUUUCUGCAGAUUUACAACGAGAAGAUUUUUGAUCUGCUGAACCCGUCCAGCACGGUGUCACAGCGAGAGGCUGGAGGCCGUGGAGAGGAGUUUUCUGGCCUUCGUUUGCGCUGGGAUGCUGCCAGAAGGCACUUCUUUGUUGAGAAUCUCUUCCAAUACGAGUGCUCCUCUGCCGAAGAGGCCCUGCAACACUAUCAGCAGGGCAUUCAGAACAAGCAGGUGGCAUCCACCACAAUGAACGUCGCAUCCUCCAGGUCGCACACCUUGUUGGUCUUGACCCUCUUGCGACGGGAGGGUGAUGAGGAGGGCAACCGUACCCCUGGGCGGCAGGGCAGGCAGGGACAGGGCAGGCCAUGUCAGGAAGUGAUCUCGCAGUUGUCCCUUGUGGACUUGGCAGGGUCUGAACGGAGCAUUGCUGGUGUUUCAGGGCGGGACGCUGGGAAGAGCACCACGCGGUUCCAGGAGGCUGUGAACGUGAACCAGUCCUUGUUCGUUUUGCGCAGAGUCAUCACUGCUCUCAGCAAGCGUGAGGCCACCGGAAGGAAUGAGAUUGUGCAUGUACCAUACCGAGAAUCAAAGCUGACUUCCUUGUUGCAAAACAGUCUUGGGGGCAACAGCUAUUUAGUGAUGUUUGCUUGCGUGGCGCCAUCUGAAAGGCAAGAUGACGAGAACCUGAGCACUUUACAAUAUGCUUCACAGGCUGCAUGCAUUCGGAAUCAACCGGUGGUGAAUUUGGAUCCCAAGGAUCAGCUGAUUCAGCAACUUGAGGCCCGUCUGGCCGUGGCGCAUGAAUACCUGCGCCGAACUUUGCAGGUGGCUGAGCUCCCGGAAGACCUCUUGGAAGAAGAGCGCCGCGCCGCCGGAGCGCCGCGCCGGCCCAGGCCGCGUUUGAAGGCGAAAGCUGCUCCAAAAAAACGAACCGCACAUGGGCAAGCGGCUCAAGAACAUGACGGGGCACAUGCGCAAGCUGCUCAAGCUGCGCCAGCCACCGGAACUGGGCAAAGUCGGUCUGCGCGAGCCAAGACAUGGACAGGUUUAGAGCAACGAUGGGGCUUCCAAGAUGAACCAAGAGAUCCAGUUGGUGAACGAAAACAGAAAAAUCAAGAGACGGCAUCAGAAAGCUCACGCGAGAGUUCCAAGUCAACAACAAAGCCUGUCAAAAGGAUGAGUGGUCGCGAAGCAAGCUCUGCGACCUCUACUCUUUCCAGGGUUGUUCAAGGUGCCGCGCAAAAAUCGCCCAGCUGCGAUGAUUGGCCUUUUGCCGUGCGGUCCAAGAAAUCCGAAACGAAGGGCCAAGAACUGUUCGCCGCUGUCGAUGCCAUGAUGCGCGGCUAUGACGGCCCCAAGCCUUCUCCUCGAAAACCAAAGCCCAGGCCAGCUUCUUUACCCCCAGUGGUGCCAGAAGUGAGUGCUUCACAGUGGCCUCCCAAACCGCCAAAGGAGUCGCCUGCCGCAUCGGCGCAAUCGUCUGAGACAGCACUCGACGGCAUGGCUGGGAGCAAGUGCAGCUGUUGCGGGUCGGAUCGCCCUCCUCAGACUGAUGCCGAGGCAGAGAAAGGUGCUGUAUCCAUGGAGGAUGCGCUGCAGCUUCAAAAGGCCCUGGAUGUGCAAAGGCGACUGGAAGAGGAGCUGCUGGCGGCGCACGGAAGGAUCCAAAACUUGGAGGUUCAGCAGACCAAGCUUAGUGGCGAGCAAGCGAUGAUGCAGAAUCUUCAAUCUGAAAACACUGAGCUGCAGAGACGUUUGGAGGUCUUCUACAAAGCGAUGGAGUUUGAGGCCGACGAGCGAGAUGCCCAUCCAACAGAGCAACAGGAUUUGACGCCCAAGGGCGUUGUACCACCGUCACCGGAAAUUGAAGCAGUGGCAUCCAUUCGGCAGAAGAUUGAGAAGUUUCACUCUCAAUUGGUCCUCGAAGCAGUGACCUUGCGAAAUGAGGUAGCUCGGCUCAAAAAGAAGAAGUGGAUCAUCAAGGCUGUGUUGGACAACGGCGGGGAACACGAGCGGCAGGCUAUUGUAGAAGAGGUCGCGCAGCUCCGUUCCAAGCGUGAGUUUGAUGGCUCAACUGCCACUUGAUGCCGUGACAAAAAGGAUCCAGAAGCUUUCAGCCAAGGUUCUCUGGUUCGUUCAAGAGGUUGAAGAUUGUUGAAGCGUUUUGCAGAAUCCGCAUGCUGAAGAGCAGACUUGCCCUUGUAAAAGCAUUGAAGCCACAUAGUCCCAAACAAAGCAAAACGCCUUUUAUGCUGGCUUUGGUCCGCGAGUGUUGGGGAGGGCUGGUGGCAGCACAUAUGCAUUUGGCACUGGG